CCGUUAAUAACUGAUUAGAGAGAGAAACUAAAUAACUAACUAGAGAGAGAAACUCAAAUCACAGAACUCAACACAAAGAACACCGCCAAAUUUUCGUUCACUUUCCAUUCUUAUUUUCUUCUCGUUCUUGAGAAGCAAAUAACCCUACCUUUUCACUUCGCUUCAACUGAAAAUUCUGAAACCUUUUCCAUCAAUGGAUUCUGAAGCAGAGUUCCCAAUACUUAAUAAGAAGGAAUCGGAAGCCAUGCAGAACUACUUCGACACUGAAUCUCAAUUCAUAACGGCUAAGAACUUUUACGCAUGGCACGAGAACAUUCUUCAUCGGAGGCUUGCUGUUUCUAUAAUCGCUAAUCUCUCAAGGAGCAAUAAACCUGAUGCAUUGAUUCCAUAUCUUGCAAUGAAUUAUUUUGAUCGCUUUAUUUCCAACAACGACAAGAUCUUCGAUGAUGUGGAAGGUGAUAAUGACACUGAAAAGGUUCGGUUGAUGGCUGUCUGUUGUCUCACCAUAUCUGCCAAGAUGAGGAUAAAAUCCUUCUCAGUUGUUAACUUCUUGAGGAACAAAGAUAUGAUGAAUAUAAGUCAUCAGAUGAUAAUGAGACUGGAGCUUUUAAUUCUGGAUGAACUUCACUGGAAAAUGCGAUCAGUGACUGCUUUCUGCUUUCUGAAUUACUAUUACCCUUACUUCAAACAAUUUGGUGGUUUCAAACGUCGUUGCAUCAAUGAGAUCAUAGUUCAAGCUCAAGGAGAGCACGCCUUCGCUCACUACAAGCCUUCUCAGAUUGCAUGGUCUGCUUUUAUGGCUGCUACCAAAAUUGCAUAUCCCUCAAAGUUUAAACAAAUUGCAAAUCCCACUGAGUUUCACAAAAUAGAGAAUCAAAAGGAGCUGGAGAAAUGUUGGAAUCAGAUGGUUGAUCUUUGCAUUAGAUUGAACAUCCAGAUUGAGUCCGCUGAAUCAGGAAUACCCCAAGAAGAAAUCGAACAAAACAAGGGCAAGGCAGCGGUGGAGGAUUCAUGUGAAGAAGAUGAGACAUCUCCGGUGGAGAAUAUGCAGCAGCUGACGGAGUUAUUUGAUGAUGCACUAGUAACCGAGGUUGAGUCACUUAUACCGGGCAGAUUGUUGUGGGCUGAGGAAUUGGCUGCCGACGAAACAUAUGAUUUUGAUAAAGAUAUACCUUAUAAAGAGAUUUUGAAACAACGACAAAAACAACAGAAAAAACAACAACAACAACAACAAAAGGUGGGCGAGACAUCUGAUAAAAAAGAAGUAACAGAAAGGGAGAUGGAGGACAUAAUCCGGAUAUCAUUGGUUGAACAGACAGCACAGCCACAGGUGGAGGGAGGACCCAUUUCAGAGAUUAUAGAGAUUGUACCAAAUAAGCACUUGAUGAACUUUGAGCUGAAGUGGCCCACUGAUGUGAUAGAAGAAGGAGAAAUACAAAAGGGGCAGCAAGAACAGCCCCAACCCGUGAACCUCCCCUUUAAUACUGGCAGCAUUAGCUGCAACAUUGGUUAGUUCUGCUGCAAUAUCUGGCUCUAGUACUUUUUCAUUUGGCUUUGGAUCGUUUCCAGUUCAAAGUGUUCUGGUAGUUUGUUUUGCAGUUCAAACCAUAUCUGUUAUUACUAUUCAAAUUGGAUACUUUUCUAAUUGAAUUCCCGCAAAUAAAAAAAUGGUCUCAUGCUCUUUCAAAUGUUCUAGUAACUUCUUAGUUCUUUUUAGUUGUUAUCAUCGUGUAAUAUCUAACCAUAAACUUACCAAACUGAUUAUUAUCAA